AUGCUGAGGUUGGUGCUGGAGCACAGGCGGCUUCUGAGGACCACGAAGGCAUCAGGGGGAGGUGUGGCACCAACAAAGCUCCCGGCGAUGGAAGGAGCCAUCUGGAAUGGAAGGCAAUGGCUCUGCCAGCUCCGGUUUCAUCUCCGUCACCAGCCUGAUGAGCGCCUCACCGCCGAGGAGAUGGACGCGCAGAGAAAGCAGAAUGUCGCCUACCAGUACCUGUGCCACCUGGAGGAGGCCAAGCGCUGGAUGGAAGCCUGCCUGGGUGAGGAGCUGCCCCCUCCCACAGAGCUGGAAGAGAGCCUGCGCAAUGGGGUCAUCCUGGCCAAGCUGGGCCACUGUUUUGCCCCCACCGUGGUCCCUCUGAAGAAGAUCUAUGACCACGAGCAGAUGCGGUACAAGGUGGCCGGGCUUCACUUUCGGCACACGGAUAACAUCAACUACUGGCGUGAUGCCAUGAACCACGUGGGUCUUCCUUCGAUCUUCCACCCAGAGACCACAGACAUCUAUGACAAGAAGAACAUGCCUCGGGUGGUCUACUGCAUCCAUGCACUCAGCUUGUACCUUUUCAAGCUGGGGUUGGCUCCUCAGAUCCAGGACUUGUAUGGGAAAGUGGACUUCACAGAGGAGGAGAUCAACAACAUGAAGCGGGAGCUGGAGAAGUACGGCCUGCAGCUGCCUGCCUUCAGCAAGAUUGGGGGCAUCUUGGCCAACGAGCUCUCGGUGGAUGAAGCAGCAGUCCACGCUGCGGUGUUGGCCAUCAACGAAGCGGUGGAUCGGGGUGUGGUGGCACAGACGAUGGUGGCUCUCCAGAACCCCAACGCGAUGCUUCUCAACUUGCGCCAGGUGCUGGCUGAUGCUUACCAGGAGAUGCUCCACCAAGCCAAGCUGGAGAAGGGCAGCAACGCCAGGAACAGGUACCUACAGGUGAUCCCUGAGGGUGAGGACAUCUAUGACUGCUGUCUGACCCAGGCUGAAAUCCAAGGGAACAUCAACAAAGUCAAUGUGCACGGAGCUCUGGAGGAGGUGGACAAUGCCCUGGAGAGCCAGGACGCGCCAGCGUUGUAUUGUGCGCUGCAGGACCCCGUCCUGGCCCUGCGGUGCCUCCAACGGGACAACCUCGACUGCUACUUGGAGCAGCUCAGAACGGACCGGGAGCAGAAGGCCCUGGAGCUGGGCUAUGUAGACCUGCUUGAGCUGGAGGAGUUAGAGGCAGGGAUCCUUGUGGCCAACAAGAAAGGCGAGGAGGAGCGAGCCAUGCUGCGGGCCGUCAGCCGCAUCAAUGAGGCCAUCCGUCGAGGAAUGCCGUCUGCAACCUUGGAAGCCCUGAUGGACCCUGCGGCGCAACUGCCCGACGUGUGCCCGCUUGCCGCCUCCCUGUACCAGCACCAGCUGACCCUGCUGCAGCGCCAGCACCCACGGGGUGAGCUGGUGCAGGAGGAGCUCUUUGUGGCUGUGGAGAUGCUUUCGGCUGUGGCGCUGGUUAACAGAGCCCUGGACGCCAGGGAUCCGAGAGGGCUCUGGAGCAGCCUGGUCAGCUCUGCCUUGGGUCUCUCAGGUGUUGAGGAUGCAAAUGCGCAGCGGUAUUUCGAGGACUUACUGCAACUGAAAGGCCAACUUAAGGAAGCUGGAACUGAAUUCCUGAGCUGGAACAACAUUCAGGAUGGCGUGAACAACACCAAUUCAUCAGUGCAAAAUGAAAACGACAGAGUCCUCGCUGUCCGGUUGAUCAACGAAGCGCUGAUGCAAGUGGACCCAGAGAAGACGCUGGCAGCGUUGCUGCUGCCGGCUGCCGCCCUACCUGAUGUCAACCUCCCAACUGCUUGGCGCUAUCAUGAUGUCCUGUCCCGGGCACGAAGGCUCAAAUCUCAGGCCACAGAAGAUGGUGGAGCUGUGCUUUGGUGGGAAGAGAUCCAGGAAGGGGUCUGCAGGGCCAACCAGGACACCGUGGCAGCCAGGAGGAUGGCUUUGGGCACCGCUGCCAUCAACCAGGCCAUCAAGGAGGGGAAGGCAGUGCAGACCCUGCGGGUGCUACGCAACCCCGACGUGGCCCUGUGCGGCGUGGUGAGCGCCUGCGCCACGGCGUACCAGGAGCAGCUGGCAGCUUUGAUGGCCACCAAGAGACAAACAGGGAGCGAGAAACCACGCUGGAUCCGGCACAGGUUGGCAGAUGGUGCUGAGUUCUACCUGAGCCUCCAGACCUUCGAGGGCAGCUGGCAGUGCCCAAGCGAUGGUGGCCUCAACACCGUGCAUCUGAGCCGGGAGGAGAUCCAGUCGGUUGUCACCCGAGUGACCGCAGCGCAUGACCGCGAACGCCUAUGGGCAUCCAACAUCGCCUUCGUGGUGAAGCUGCAGGCUCGGCUGCGGGGCUUCCUUGUCCGUCGGGACUUUGCGGCACGACGGCACAUCCUGCGGGAGCACUGGCUGGCUGCCACCAGGAUCCAGGCUUGUUGGAGAGGCUGCAAGCAGCGCAGAGCUUACCUGGAGAGGCUACGCUACCUGCAAGCCAACGUAGAUGCUGCAAUAAAGAUCCAGGCGGGUGUGAGGAUGUGGCUGUCUCGGAGAAAGUACCAGGAGAGGCUGCGCUACUUCAGACAGAACAUUAAAGCUGUAAUUAAAAUCCAGGCUUUUGUGCGUGCUAACAAGGCCCGUGGGGAUUACAGGAUGCUGGUCCAUGCUGUGAGCCCACCGCUGAGCAUCGUCCGCCGCUUCAUCCACUUGCUGGAGCAGAGCCAGCACGACUUCUGGGAGGAGUCGGAGGUCCUGCGACUGCAGGAGGAGGUGGUAAAGAGGAUCCGUGCUAACCAACAGCUGGAAAGCGACCUUGACCUUAUGGACAUCAAGAUUGGGCUGCUGGUCAAGAACAGGAUCACACUGCAGGAGGUGGUAUCCCACUGCAAGAAGCUAACCAAGAAGAACAAGGAGCAGCUCUCAGAGAUGAUGUCCAUAGACAAGCAGAAGGGGCUCAAGUCACUCAGCAAGGAGAAGCGGCAGAAGCUGGAGGCCUACCAGCAUCUCUUCUACCUGCUGCAGACGCAGCCAGUGUACUUGGCCAGGCUGAUCUUCCAGAUGCCUCAGACCAAGUCCACCAAGUUCAUGGAGUCGGUGAUCUUUACGCUUUACAACUACGCGUCCAACCCGCGGGAGGCUUACCUGCUGCUCCAGCUCUUCAAAGCAGCGCUGCAGGAGGAGAUCAGGUCCAAGGUGGACCACAUCCAUGACAUUCUAACGGGGAACGCCACAGUGAUCCGGAUGGUGGUCAGAUUUUACCGCAACGCACGCGGGCAGAAUGCCCUGCGGCAGAUCCUGGCUGGCCCAGUGCAGGAGGUCUUGCAGGACAAGACCCUCAGCAUCCGCACCAACCCUGUGGAUAUCUACAAGGCAUGGAUCAACCAGACUGAGUCGCAGAGUGGGCAGAAAAGCAACCUCCCAUAUGAGGUCAGUCCUGAGCAGGCUCUCAGCCACUCCGAGGUCCGAAGGCGGUUGGAUAUUUCUAUCCGCAACCUUCUCAUGAUGACGGACAAGUUUGUCUCCGCUAUCACUUCCUCUGUAGACAAGAUCCCCUAUGGGAUGCGCUAUGUGGCCAAAAUCCUGAGGACAUCCUUGGUUGAGAAAUUCCCCAAGGCCCCACUGGAGGAGAUUGACAAGAUUGUGGGGAACCUGCUCUACUACCGCUUCAUGAACCCGGCAGUGGUGGCCCCUGAUGGCUUUGACAUCGUGGACAUCUCUGCUGGGGGCAUUCUGCACCCCGACCACCGCCGCAGCCUGGGCUCCAUCGCCAAAGUGCUGCAGCACGCAGCUGCCCAUAGGGCCUUCGAUGGGGAGAACGCGCACCUCUGUGGGGUGAACCAGUACCUGGAGGACACCCACAACAAGUUCAGGAGGUUCAUCUCUGCUGCCUGCUGCGUCCCUGAGCCAGAAGAGAGGUUUAACAUGGAUGAGUACUCGGAGAUGGUGGUGGUGGCCAGACCGGUCAUCUACAUCACAGUGGGGGAGCUCAUCAACACACACAAGCUCCUGCUAGAGCACCAGGAUUCCAUCGCACCCCAUCAUGGAGACCCCCUGCACGAGCUCCUGGAAGACCUUGAUGAGCUUCCUACAAUCCAGUCCCUUGUUGGAGAGAACGUUGCCAGCCCAGUGGACAGCAGUGCAGAGCAGGUGCUUUCCCAGCUCAGCAAAAUGGAGAUCUCCCUCACCCUCACUGGCAAGUUGGUGCCAGCGGCCAGCAGUGAGGAGAACGACACGAGGAGCUUGCUGCUGAGCACCAAGCAGAUGCUGGUGGAUGUGAUCCAGUCCCAGCCAGGAGAUUCCCUCCCAGAGAUCCUCUGGACACGAGCCUCGGAAAAUGAGGAAGCCUCCCAUGACCAUCUUAUGCGUAGACGAGUGCUGCAAGAUGCCCAGACCCCAGCCAAGCUGAAACGCAACCGCUCCCUGGCUGCCAACAGCCAACUGGCCCUGGAGGAGAAGAAACGCAAGAUCACCCGCAACCUGCGGCGCUUGGAGAGCCUGGGGCUCGUGGACUCUGCUCAUCAGUACCAGGAGCUCAUAGAUGAGUUGGCUAAGGACAUCCGCAACCAGAGGCGGUACCGGCAGCACCGCAAAGGGGAGCUCCUGAAGCUGAGACAGACCCUGCAGGGCCUCAACACCAAGGCCUUGUUUUAUGAGGAGCAAAUUGAUUAUUACAACCAGUACAUCAAGACCUGCCUCGACAACCUGGCAGCGAGCAACAAGGUCAGUGGGAAGAACAAGAAGCUGCAGUCGCUACACUACACGGCGGCCCGGCUGUUUGAGAAGGGGGUGCUGCUGGAGAUCGAGGACUUGCCACUCAGCCAGUUCAGGAACGUGAUUUUUGACAUCAUCCCCUGCGAGGAAUCGGGCAGGUUCCAGCUGAAAGCCAAAUUCAUGGGGAUUGACAUGGAGAGGUUUGAGCUGCACUACCAGGACCUGCUGCAGCUGCAAUAUGAGGGCGUAGCUGUCAUGAAGAUGUUUGAUAAGGCCAAAGUCAACGUCAACCUGCUCAUCUUCCUCCUCAACAAGAAGUUCUUCAAGAAGUAAUGGGGAUGGGGGGUGGGGAGGGCUACUGGGAAUGAGGGGUGAUGCAAACCUGCCAAAGAGAACCUCGGGGUUGGUGGUCUUGGAGCAUCCUGGCCCCGUGGCAGUGGAAGCUGCUGCUGCUUGCAAUGAAGCUUUCCUGCCUGGAUGCAAUGUGCUUGAGCAUCUACAGCCCAACGGUGCCCGACUGGGGCGAGCAGAGGGCUUGGACUCAGCCCCAGCCCUUGGCAACCCCAAACUGGCGUUGGCUGGGGGCAACUGGGCCGCCUUUGUCCCUGCAGCUUGUGCGGGCGUGAGCUGGUCCCCAACCGUCCCGCAGGAAGGAUGCGGCUGCUGCAGCUUCUGCACUGCAUGUAGCUUUGAAAAUGCAGUUUUUGUGGGUGUUUUGUCCCUGAGUUCCUGCUCAGGGACCCCCACGUAUUUCUGGACACUACACAUGUUUUUAGUGAUGCAAUAAAGCUAUUUUAAUAUAUACCUUUUUAUUUCCUCCUACUAAGGAUGGGGGAAGGUCAGAAUUGGACUUUGAUAUGCAGAUAGGGAGAAUAUAGAGGGAAUGACUUCUUGUGAAGGCAACCAUGAGCUGUUCUCUAGGAAAUCAAGGUGCAAUAGGAGAGAAUCUGGGGUUCUAAAAAUGAAUUUCACUGCCAGGCCAGAGGAAGAAAUAGAGGAAGGUGGCCCAGUGCCACAGCUGUUCCAGCGAUGCUUUGGAACUGGAGCAUGGACCUCUCCUCUAGACCGUAUUGAUGCUGGCAGCUGGCGUGGAGCAACCCCACGGCACCAUCUUGGCCGGGACGGUGGCUGCUCUGUUCUCUUGAUUUGCUCUCCUGCUCAGUUUUAAUUGACCAAAUUUGGUCAUGGCUGCUUUUAAAGCACUUUUACCCUCCUGGAUUCCUGUGUCCAGUUCUGGAAUCUCCAACAUAAGAAGGAUAUGGGACUGUUGGAACGGAUCCAGAGGAGGGCAUGGAGAUGGUUCAGGGGCUGGAGAACCUCUACUGUGAGGACAGGCUCAGAAAGUUGGAGUUGUUCAGCCUGGAGAAGAGAAGGCUCCAUAGAGAACUUGGAGCAGCUUCCAAUAGAAAGAGGAGCUCCGGAAAAGCUGGAGAGGGACUUUUUACAGAGGUCUGGAGUGAUAGGAUGAGGGGGAAUGGCUUUAAAUUGGAAGGGGGGAGGUUUAGAUGAGAUGUUAGGAAGAAAUUCUUCACGAGGAGGGUGGGGAGGCCCUGGCCCAGGUUGCCCAGAGCAGUGGUGGCUGCCCCAUCCCUGGAGGGGUUCCAGGCCAGGUUGGAUGGUUCUCAAGCCUCCUCUCCGCCCCAUCUCCUGCAGGCACUGGAGCAGGAGGUCUCAAAUCUGCUCCCUGAAGGAAUUUUUUGGGGGGGAACUUGAGUGGGAAUCUCCAAUGCUGCUUCGGGAACAGCUUUACCCCCUCGAGGCAGCUCAACGGUACCCUGGUAGACCCGUGUCUAGAGCAUCUGUCUGUCUUGUCUUCAGAAAGUGAUGUUUGUAUGUGUCUUCUAUGUAUCUUUUUCUUUAAUUUCUGUCAUAUAAAAUCCGCAAACAGCGCUUACCCUCCUGUGCUGCAUCCCAGCUGCCCCAC